GAAAACGGGAAACCGGAACCCGAAGGAAGACAGAAAUGAGACCGCUGCUGCUGCGCUGUCCACCCGGCUGCUUGGCGACAGUUCUCGGCUCGUUUUCUGCGUCUCGAAACAAACUGGUCCCCCGAGCAGCUGCGGGUCCUCGUCUGCUUCACUUGACAAACACGAUGCACUAUCAGACGGAGGCGAGAGGACGUCCCGGUUCUCCCGACUACCGCGUUUAUUUUAAAACUCCUGAAGGAAAAUAUAUUUCACCAUUCCAUGACAUCUCGCUUAUAGCGGAGAAUGAACAGGAAAAUGACAUGCCAACCAAAAAGGCCAAGAAGAAUGAGAGUGAGGUGCUCUUUAACAUGGUCGUGGAGGUGCCUCGAUGGUCAAAUGCUAAAAUGGAGAUUGCAACUAAGGAACCACUGAACCCGAUCAAACAAGAUGUUAAGAAAGGAAAACUCCGGUAUGUCGCCAACAUAUUUCCCCAUAAAGGUUACAUUUGGAACUACGGGGCGCUCCCACAGACGUGGGAGGACCCAAACCAUACAGACAAAGAGACAAAGUGUUGUGGGGACAACGAUCCCAUUGACGUGUGUGAGAUCGGGACCCAGGUGUGCUUUCCAGGUCAGGUGAUCCAAGUGAAAGUUCUUGGCAUCUUGGCCAUGAUCGAUGAGGGGGAAAUGGACUGGAAGGUCAUCGCUAUCAAUGCUGAGGACCCAGAUGCCAAAAGCCUGAAUAGCAUAGAGGACGUCCGUAAGAGCCGGCCUGGUCAUUUAGAGGCCACUGUCGACUGGUUUAGGAAAUACAAGGUGCCCGAUGGGAAGCCUGAGAACCAGUUUGGAUUCAAUGGACAAUUCAAAGACAAGGACUUUGCCGUGGAGAUCAUUAAGUCCACCCAUGAGCACUGGAGGGCACUAGUGCAGAAGCAGACAAAUAGCCACGGGAUAGAAUGCAAAAAUAUCUCCUGCAACGAAAGCCCUUUCAAAUGCAGUGCAGAGGAGGCCAGAGAUGUGGUGUCAUCGGCUCCUGCACUGUGUGCCAGCACACAUCCCGUGUCCCCAGCUGUGGACAAGUGGCAUUUUGUCUGAAGCCCAAAACACAACACGGAACCAACAAAACCUUGAAGCGGCCACAUCUUUUAGAUUUAUUGUUGGUAUGGACUUAUUCUCAGCUGCAUAAUCUAAGUUUAUUAUCCAGUAAAAUGUGCAGACAUCACAUUGUUUCACCUCAACAAUUACAAUAAAACAAUGUUAUCCUUUCUAUUAAAUUGUAAAUUAUAUUGGGUCAAUACACCGGGUCCAUUGUAAAAUAAGACUGAUGCUAAGUCACGCUAACAUGCUCUAAUUUGCCUUAAAGAGUUAAGUCCGUUCCUGCUAGCAACCACAAACAAAGCGUUUUGUAUGUAACAUGUAAACAAUUUCUUUGUUUGGGUAAAUAAAGAAAUGUAUGUUGUGAUUGUG